CAUGAAGUAUUCAUUCAUUGCCAUCCCACACGAAUAAUAAUAAUUCACUUCAAUUAGAAGCGCGUUACAGUGUAGACAUAAUUGACGUUACCGUUAUUUAGCUACCGAACUUGUGAACAUUAAAUAAAUAAUUCCCUACUGUAGAUCACAAGUGCUACUGCAAGAUGAGAGUUGGUGAAUUCAACAAAAAAAAGGAAGACCUACAUACUAACAAAUCAUUUGUUUUUCUUAAUGUGCUUUUGAAGAUAUUCGGAUUAAAAUGCUAUGUGCAUCGCAAUGCAUCUAAGCUUUUCCUAACACGUUUACUCUUAACGAUCAUUAUUUUGGGUGCAUUACUAAUAUUUAAUUUACAUUAUAAAGCAACCAACCUUAAUAAUAUUUUAAAUAUCUCCGUGAAAAUAACAGAUACCGUUCAAAGUGUGUAUGACUACUUCCAAUAUAUUAUCGACUUAUUCUACGUGUACAAGUAUGGUGGACUUGUGUAUUGUGAAUAUUUUAAGCAGUAUGACACUAUUGACGGUAUCAUCGGUAAAGGAAACUACAAACUUACAAUUAACAGGAGGCUGUCUAAACUAAGCGGCAUUUUCGUUGCGUUUUGGCUUACUAGUUCCACUUGCGAUUUUGUAGCGUGGGCGCUGAGUUUUGGAUGGAAAACCCCCAUGGUAUAUUCCACGGCAUACCUAUACUUGCUUAUAAGAAUGGUGACAACUUUGGAUAUCAUCUCCCAUAUUUUGCAAAUACAAUGUAGAAUGAGCAUGAUAUAUGAAAUAGUGCAUGUCAAUUAUGUGUCUGCAGACAAUUUGCCUGGAACGAUAUGUGACUCUGUAGAAAACAAGAAUUGGUUUUACGGUAAAAAUAAUAUGCAUGAGGCAGAUAGCAACAAAAUACGACCAGUCUGUAUCCGAGAUAAAAAUUUGAGCAGAUGCUACUUAAUACUAACGGAACAAUGCUCGUACAUUAAUCAAAUGUUUGGCGUUAGGGUCCUUCUCAAUACCUUCAGUUCAUUUAUCGACAUGGUAAGGUUUACAAAUCUUACAGUGCGAAUGAUAGUAGGUUCUCAGCACAUUCAAUACAAUACAGUUUACUUUCCAAUCGCUUCUACUAUAAGUCGAAUGCUCACCUGCGCCAUAAUCUUCAUUAGCCUAGUCCUUCACUGCGAGAACGCAUAUCGACAAAACGAAAAAAUCAUACUUAUAAUUGAUCACUUGUUCAUCAACAAAAAUCCUGGUCCAGAAUUACGAGCAUCUAUGUCUGAGUUGCGUGAUCUGGUGCGUUCUCGGCCCGUGAACUUCCAUUUGGCGAAUUUUUUCCGGCUCGAUUACACUCUUCUGAUUUCCACGGCUUCCGUGGUUACCACCUAUUCCAUCAUUCUGCUGCAGAGUAUAAACUAAGCUAUGAAACAGUUUAACAUCUUUUUUAUGGUACCCAUUGUUUUUAAGUUAGGGUAAAAAACAAGACUGAUGGAAAAACAAAUCCAAAGUCUUUGUAAAGUUUUUUUUAUGUUAUUUUAAUAAACUUCAGUGUGUAUUAUUGUUAAAAAUACUUAUCUCCUACUUAUACCUAAUCCAUUCGUGUC